GUCAGUAAAAUGUCUUCUCUAGUUUAUAUUCGACCUUAAUCACAACCAGAAGUAAAUUUCGACCUUGCAAACUUAGCUAGAUCUCUAGACAGUAGACAGUAGACAGUAGAAGUCGGACGGAAGUGACUUUCUGAGGCUGAGGGACGGUUAGAUUUUUUACCGCCGUGAGUUACAGCAAUUUGAACUUUCUUAUCAACAGUUAGGCUAGAUCUAAAAUUUGUCUGACAGCCAAACAGAUUUUUCUCUAGAAUGGGUGAUUCAGCACGAACGUCUAGCGAUGGAAAACCUUGCUCUCUUAAAGUAUCCGCCCCAUGCCCACCGUCUUCAGCCCCACUCCGUCCAGCAGCAGCAGCACCACCAGCAGCAGCAGCAGCUCCACCUCGGAGCGACAACGGCCCUGCCCCAGACAAGGCUGCACAGGCCCCACAGGCUUCAAAGUCUUCACAGUCCCCGCCUUGUAAGGAAAUCUGGUCUCCUGGCUUUGAUGCAAGGUUUCCAAACAUGAACAUGACCAGGAGAUGUUGGCAAAACUAUGUGGACUACUACCGCUGUCAAGAGAAACUAGGAGAAGAUUACGAGCCAUGUGAAUAUUUCAAGAAGACCUUCACCUAUUUGUGCCCGGAGUUUUGGAUUGAGCAGUGGGAUGACCAGCGAGAGGCUGGUUGCUUCCCCAUGCCAGCAUACAAGAAGUGUGGGUGCUAACAAAUCUUCCACUUCUACAGGUCACAAAAUGUUGACCUCACCAGGCUCUGCUAGAGGAUUGUUCUCUUUUCUUUUUUUUUAGUUUUAGCUGAAUGAAUUUUUCAAUAAACUUUGAAUUUGAAGUUGAACUUCGAUAAA